AUGAGCUGUUAUAAAUUGUCGAAUCACCUUACAUAUAUAUUGAGCAUUUUUGAGUUACUUUUCUGCCUGGGAAUCAGUUCAUUUGAAUUCAGUGUGCCAAAUUAUAAAACUGUUUAUAUUGAUGAUUUUAUUAAUCAACCGAAAUGGAUGUCUACACAUAAAAGUUUCACUUUCCCAAAGAAAAGUCGCAUAGCUCAAAUAGCUGUUCAACCAUCAUCAAAUUCUGUUUUUAUUGCAGUAAACAACUCAUUGGUACGGAUAUCUGUGGAUACAUUUUUGAAGAAGGAUGAAGCCACUUGGUUUCUGUCUAGUCAAGAACUAACUAACUGUCCACGUCCAGAUUCAGAUUCAAAAACCUCUUGUAAUCAGUAUACCGUAACAUUGGUAAAAGUUGUGGAAAAGAUAUUUCCUGGUCCGACUAAUUCCAUACUACAUCAGAGUGGAGUUUAUGUAUGUUUGUCCAAUGGAAUGACAGCGGAAUGUUCAUUUCGUCAGGCCAAUCAGUUGCGUGCACCAUCAAAAAUACACUGGAAAAGUGUACAUCAUUGUCCAAUAGAUCCUGAUCAACCGGUCACUGGAUUAAUUACCAGUACACAGAAUUUAUACAUGGGCACUAAAACAGGGCCAUUACAAAAUUCUGAGGUGCAUAUACUCAAAGUGAAAUCUGUGGAAAAUUUGAAUUCCAUGAAACUCUUCAAAUAUCCUAUUCGUACACCACCUGAUGAUCGAAUGAUUAAACAAAACAACAGCACAGUGUUUAUACAUAGUUUUGAAUUUCACAACGCAGUUUAUUUUUUGUUUCGCGAAUUGGCUGAUGAAACCGUCGAAAGCUGUGAUAAAUCAAUUAUUGUCUCACGAAUUGGCAGGCUGUGUAAUUUAGACGCUGGCAAUCAAAUGGGAAAUUUCAAUAAUUUUCUUAAGGCUACAAUCAUUUGUCCAUCAACACCAGAAGAUAACUCUAAUAGUCUAAUAUUCACUGAACUUCAGGCAGUGUAUGUUGACCAAUCAACCAAAACGUUAUUCGGAACAUUUCAAACUUCACUAUCAAUGCCAACUGCUUCUGCUAUUUGUGAAUACAGUCUAGUGGAAAUCGAAUCUGUGUUUAACGGAGAGUUUUAUAAAACUAAUGCAGUCGCUACAACAAUAAGAAACGAUUAUAAGUGUGAAAAGUAUACAUCGAAUUCAUUUUCAAAAACCGAUUACCAUCUUAUGUUCAAAACUGUAAGACCACGGUACGACAGACCAAUUCUAGUACAACAAGGUGAAAUCUAUACACAAAUUGCGGUGAGCAAAACACCAGGAACCCUGAGAAGCGAUAUGAAUAUGGUCAUUUUCGUGACAAACACUAAAGGGAUGUUGUAUAAGUGGCAUGUCAAGGAAUUUCAGGUUUGCCUUGUGGAACUGAUAUACUUAGUUCCAAGGUAUUCAACAGAACCAAUAACUAAGACGGUUCAAAUGGAGCUUGUUCAAAAGACAUCUACAGACUCAUAUCUUUUAGUAGCGAUGGAAGAUCGGGUUUUGCGUUUACCCAUAGCAAGAUGCUCACGAUUUGGUCAUGAACGAAUGGCAUGCAGACUUUUAAGAGAUCCAUUCUGUGGAUGGAAUGAUGCAGUACAGAAAUGUGAAGAUAUAAACAAUAACGACAGAAUAGACUCUAAUAUCAUCACAUUCGACUCGGAUGUUUGUGAGCAAAGUGAAUCUUUGGAAAAAUAUCCUGUCGAAAAGUUUCCCAUACAAAAUUCAAACAAUCAAAUCAAACCAACUGGAUGUAAAUGUCGUUUCCGAACAUGCAAUUCACCGUUUUCCUCAAAAUUCGAUGAUAAUGCAUGCUUGAAUGGAUCAUCAGUGCAGAUUGCCAGCUGUUCUUAUGAUGGUGGCUGGACUGAAUGGUCUGCAUGGUCUGGAUGUGAACCUGUUUGCUAUUCUCAACAUCAUGAAACCAAUGUAACACCGACGCGUACACGAUAUCGUUGGUGUUCCAAUCCAAUGCCAGUUGGAGAAGGUCAUGAAUGUGUAGGACCAGAUAAAGAGACUGAGCUUUGUACCAAUGAAAUUCACAUGUGUUCAGCUGACCCACUGCCAACAUUCGAAUGGACUGCUUGGUCAGCGUGGUCUGAAUGUACACUAUCAUGUAACGGUGGCAGACAGUUUCGUAGACGCCUUUGCAAGCAUGAAAAUGAUUUGAGAAAUGAAAACUUUGAAAAAUUCACAUUGGAUCACAUGAAAAUGCUGUCGACAGAUCAGUCGAUGUAUACCGAUAAAAUCCUAUGUAUCGGUAAAGCUUUCGAAGCCAGAGAAUGCAAUACACAUUCGUGUUCAGUUACAAAAACCACAUCUCCAUGGAGUGAAUGGUAUAUAACAGAUGAAAAUGUUGGUAAAGAAUCUGUGCAAAGAAGAUAUCGUGUAGAAUGCUCAGCCAAAUUACCAAAGGUCGACAGCCUUCAAACAAAAACCGAUAUUCAAACACGCAUUUGUAAAGUCGACAGAAAUAAUUAUGCAGUUACCUGUGAAGGUCUUGUUUUUAGCAAGCUAAAACUGAUUUCUUUUGGUUUUUCUUGCCUCAAAAUACACAAUGAAUCGAUUUAUAGACAAGUCUUUGAUUACCAUGAACAAAAUCAACUAGUCUGGCCAGAAAGCAUUAAUAAAGAAUGGUCAUCAUGGAGUGAAUGCUCGCAACCAUGUGGCGGUGGUCGUAGAUAUCGUAAAAGAAUUAGGCCAUCUUUACACGGUAUGGGGGAUAAUACUAUUUCAUCCAACAAGUUAAUUUCGUCGGCGAAAUUAACUCAAAAUGAAUAUGAAACACAAGAUGAAUUGUGUAACUUUCAUUCAUGUACAGGUUACUGGAGCUGUUGGUCAGAAUGGAGCAAGUGUUCACAACCCGAAGAAUGUUCUCAACCAAGAGGGACACAACGCCGUUAUAGAAAAUGCAUUUAUUCAUUGAGUUCACCUGUUGUUGAAACAUCUCAACUACAUAAUACAAGUAUGUGUUAUGGUGGAUUUGAAAAUAGUGUUCAAACAAUGCCAUGUGAGGUACAAAUAAAUGAGACCAAAUGUUUGCAGAAACGACUAGAUGAAAUCCGUAUUAAAAAGAGAUCUGUUGAAACAGAGUCGACUGAUACAAAGGAACCCCUUCCGAUGUCUUCCUCGGAGUGGGCUGUUUGGUCAGAAUGCAUAACAGUAGAACAUUUAUCGUAUUCUAUACGAAUGAGAAUUAGGAGAAAAAGCUGCGAAAACUGUGAAUGGAUUCAAUUUGAACGUUGUGACACGAGACAGUCGAUUGCUCCACAAAAAGUUUUAGGCGAUAAAUAUAAGUCCUAUCAGGAAGUUAAUCCAUCUGAAGAUUCAAAUGAACAAUAUGAUAUGCUACAUGCAGUAAUUUCAACAUCAUUAUCAUCAUCAAUAUGGCGAAAAAUAACCAAUGAACGUUUAACCAACAAUACACAAUCAAAUUUACUACCGUAUGAAUGGUUUUUGGAUACUACUACUACUAAUAAUAAUAAUUUAACUUCCACUAAUAAUAUGAGUAAUCUAAAAGGGGUUGAACAGAGUGUGGGUAAUAAAAGCAAUAAACGGAAAAAGACCAAGAAGAUGAUGAAAGAUAGAAUGAGUAUUCAAGAAGAAAAUAUUGAUAAUCCUUCAGAGUUACUGUUGCUAACAGAAUCUGAAAGGAAGAAUGAUGAAAAAGAUGAAGUAACCUGUUUAACAGAACUAAACUACAAUGACCAAAUAAAUAACACUAAUCGUGAAGAUCAAGCUACAGUGUGCGCUUCAAUACAUAAUGCAGCAUCAAUAUGGCAUAGUGCUACAACAAUGAUGAAUAGUUGUACAACACAAGAGAUAAAAAAGGCUGAUGAAUUAAAAAACUCGUACAGGGAUCAAGUGGCUUCAGACUAUGAUGGAGUAAACAGAGUCAUAAUGUUGACCUGA